AUGCCCACCGAAGCCCGCCACAAGCCGACCUCCCACCCGGAGAGCAUCAAAAUGCUCGUCUUGGAGACGGACGAGCAACAUCCGGAGACCCAUGAGAAGGCAGGCAGCUUUGGCGAUGUCUUCGAUAACCUGUUCAAGACUGCUGGCGACAAUCAUGACCCCUCGCUGGGAAUCGAGUCGUUGAUUCAUUUUGUCGUCGAGGACAAGGGCGGCGCUGUCCCGUCUGUCGACGACCUGGGCGAUAUCCACGCAGUUCUCAUCACCGGCAGCAUGUACGACGCCCAUGCGUCGGACGAAUGGAUCUUGAAGCUCGUCAAGUUUGUCCAAGACACAUGGCGGAGGCGUCCCGACGUGCGCUUCAGCGGCGUUUGCUUCGGCCACCAGGUCAUUUGCAGAGCACUCGGCUCCACCGUCGAUGCCACCCCCGGAAGGAAAUGGGAGCUCUCUCACACCCCCGUCACCCUGACCCCAAUGGGCGAAAAGCUUUUCCGCACAAAAGGCAAAAUAAACCUCCACCAGAUGCACCAGGACCAUGUCGUCAAUGCUCCCUCGUCCAAGACCACCGAUCUUCUGUCCAAUGAAGACGAAGUGCAUGUUUGGGGCUCGACUGAAACAACAGAGGUGCAGGGUAUCUUCAUCAAGGGGAGAGCUUUUACCAGUCAGGGCCAUUUGGGCUUCGAUGAGCAUAUGGUGCAUAAGCAGAUUGAGCAGAGAGUUGAGAGAGGAAGUAUUCAGGAUUUUGAAGCGGCUGAUGCUGGAAAGAGCAAAGCUGAUUUAAAACACGAUGGAGAGAUUGUGGCUUCUGCGAUCUUGAGAUUCUUCCACGGAGACGACAGCCUCUGA